UAUGUAUGUAUGUAUAUAUAUAGCAUAUCAUAAAAUAAUUGUAGAAGACAAAUAAAAAUUAGAAUUGUUACUUUCCGAAUAUGAUUUAAUAUACAAAUGUAAUAAUAUCACGUCAUUUACCUUAGAUGAUGAAUGAUCGAUCAAUUGAUCGAUCGAUCUUCACUAUUUAAAUUUUAAAUUAUUUCGAAAUGAAUAAAAAAAAAAAAAAAAAUAAAAUAAAAAUAAAGACGAUUGAGGAUAAGAUAAUGUCUGCGAGAUUUAUAUUCGAGCGUUGAUCGUAUCGAGAGACGUGUAUAUUUUUUUUAAAUAAUUCCCAUAGAAAAUACAUAUUUUCGAAAAGGACAUGUAAAUUCUUUUCAUUUAUUAUUAUUUCUUUUUAUGUACUUAUCCUUUAUGUCAUCAGAAUGUUAUACUUUUUGAACUUUUUUUCGAUAUAUCGAAGAAAUACAAAUGAUGAUUGAAAUAAUCGAUGUUACAAGUAAAUAAAAUAUUAAUGGUAGAUAUAAGUAACCUUUUAACUACGAAAAUUCUAGCAUAAUAUAUUAAAAGCAUAUGAUUUUUUUAUUUAUUUAAAUAUUAUGUGGAAGUUUUAUUUUAUUAAAAUAUUAUAUAUCAAAUAUUUUAAUAAAAUAAAAUAAAAAGAUUGUUUAUUUAAACGGCUAGUAAUUGUUCAAAAAUAGAAACGAAUUUUAUCACAUUUAUUGGUAAACAAACGAAUUAUUACAUGUUCGUCAAACAAAUAUUCUGAUUUGAAAAAGAUAAAAUACUUUGAAAUUUAUAGUUGAACAUACACACUUUAUGUAUAUAUAUGUAGACAUAUAUUUGUGACUAUGAAAUUGUAAGAUCUUCUAAAUUUUUAUAUCAUUUGAUUGUUCAAUUCAACUUAAUUAUUUCAUCUCGACCUUUAUAAUUAAUAUCGUACUGUAAAGAAUUAUACAAAGUAAUAAUAUAAUUAGCAUAGAAUAUUUCCCGUAAUAAAUCGACAUAAAUCAAAUGUACAUAGAUAUAAAGAUAAAUUUGUUCUUAAUGAUUAUCUGAGUAAAUAAUAAUCAAUAUCUAAUAUGAGAAUGACGUAAAUAUAAAGCGCUGCGCGAUAGAAUUUAGUGAGUGUUGCAAUCAUAGAUCGUGUUUAGUUCGUCAUCUAAAUAUUUUUUCUUUUAGUCUCUCUUCGGUUUGGUUUCCUUUCUGAACGCGUGCGUUUGGCUUACACAUUAUAUACACAUCUUCCAAGUGAACUUAACUUUUUAUUCUUCAACAUGGCUACCGCCGAAAACCUCACUCUACCAAGUAUCGAAACGGAGAGACCACUCGGAGCGGAAUUUGUAAUAGGAGCAAUUUCGGCUGCGGGCGCUGGAUUAUUUACUAAUCCAGCAGAUGUUAUUAAGAUACGAUUGCAGCUCCAAGGAGAACUCGAAGCGAGGGGAGCUUACAAAAAGAUAUAUAAAAAUACGUUUCAUGCUGCCUAUCUCAUAGCUAAACACGAAGGAAUUUUAGCUUUACAAUCUGGUAUUGCACCAGCGUUAUAUUUUCAGGUCGUUCUCAAUGGUAUACGAUUAGGUGUUUAUAACACCGCAACAAAGUAUGGUUUCAUACUGGAUAGUAAAGGAAAUACGGAUAUCCUGAAAACUGUGCUCAUCACAGGAUUGUCUGGUUGCUUAGGGGGCGUUCUCGGUAGUCCAUUUUACUUGGUCAAGACACAAAUUCAAGCUCAAUCCGCGCAAUCUAUUGCCGUUGGUUAUCAACACGGUCAUACAGGAACGUUGUCAGCAUUUAUUAAACUUUGGAAGCAAGGUGGCAUAACAGCGCUAUAUCGUGGUUGGUAUGCUAAUAUACCUAGAUUAUUUAUUGGAUCGUCUACGCAGUUAACUACGUUCAGUUUGGUCUCAGAUUUGUUACGUUCUUGGAAUAUACUUACAGAUUAUCCUAUAACUUUAACUUUCGUUUCUUCGUUAAUCGGUGGAUCAUGUGUAGCUGUCACUAUGCAACCUUUUGACGUAUUGGCAACAAGAUUGUACAAUCAAAGAGCAACACAAGGUGGAAAAGGUGAGCUCUAUAAUGGGCUCUACGACGCUUUGGUUAAAAUAAUGCGAACAGAAGGUUUAUACGGCUUAUAUAAAGGAACUUUUCCAACGUGGAUGAGAAUAGCACCACACACAGUUUUAUGUUUAGUAUUCUAUAAGAAAUUAGAUCAAUUGUAUGACGGUAUGAGAACGUAAAACGUAUUAAAUUUAUAUAAAUAAUCCAUUGUACUGGAUACAAUGGGAAUGUAGAUUGUGUACAUGUUCAUGUAAAUAUAUACAAUUAAAAUAAGUUAAUUUUUUCCGUUAAAAAUUAAACAAUUCGUAUAUAAAACAAAUGAUAUAACACGCAAAUAAAUUAUGAUUCCACUGCCUU